AUGGAGGAGGAGCUGCAGCAUUCACACUGUGUGAACUGUGUCAGCAGAAGGUGCAUGACCCGACCAGAGCCUGGGAUUUCCUGUGACUUGAUUGGCUGUCCAUUGGUUUGUGGAGCGGUUUUCCAUUCUUGUAAAGCUGAUGAACAUCGACUUUUAUGUCCAUUUGAACGAGUGCCUUGUUUAAAUAGUGACUUUGGAUGUCCAUUUAUAAUGGCCCGAAAUAAAGUUGCUGAACAUCUAGAAACAUGCCCUGCAAGUGUGGUGUGCUGUACUAUGGAGUGGAACCGAUGGCCAGUUAGUUAUGCAGACCGGAAAUCAUAUGAAAAUCUAAGCAGAGAUGUUGAUGAAGUGGCACAAUUAGAUAUGGCCUUGGCUCUUCAAGACCAAAGGAUGCUUUUAGAAUCUCUCAAAGUAGCCACCAUGAUGUCAAAAGCGACUGAUAAAGUAUCAGGAGCUAGAGAACAAAUUUCAGUGAAAUCAAGUGUCCCAGAAAUACCACAUACGAAUGGUUUGGUGUCUGUUGAUGAAGAAUCUUAUGGUGCACUUUAUCAAGCUACUGUAGAAACAACCAGAAGUUUGGCUGCUGCUUUAGAUAUCCUGAAUACUGCCACAAGAGACAUUGGCAUGUUAAGUACAAGUCUCUGUGCAUCUGAGAAUGAAAUGAGUGAAGAGCAAAGUACCAGCGAAAGCUUACAGGAUAGAAACUUAAAAGACCAGGACCAUCUUUAUGACGAUGAGAUAGGAGCAGUAGGUGGAAUUGACCACAACAACACAAGUCAGAAUGCCCAAUCUGAACAGAAUGGUUCAAGUGAUUUCUUAUGUGGCUUAGAUACAAGUUCUCAUGGCACUUCUCUUUGUAAUGGCUUUUCUUUGGAAAACAUUUGUACACAAGUACAGAAUCAGAAUUUAUCUAGUGAUUCAAAACAAAGUAACUUAACAAAUGGAGACUGUGUGGCAUCAGAUGGCACUUCAAAACCUUCCAAUUCACUUUCAGUAGCAGCACAACUUAGGGAAGGAAUACCGCCAGGUCCUUUGCCUAACGGCACAAUUCAGCAUAUCCUCAUGCCAGGUGAUGAAGAUGAAGAAGAGUUGUAUUGGAGAAAAAUAGACUUAGGGGACUUGAGGAAUAUGGAUGUCUUGUCUUUUAGUCAUUCUCCUUCAUUCAAGUUUCUUACUAAUUCAUGUUGGUCCAAACCAAAGGAAGAUAAAGCAGUGGAUACAUCAGAUUUGGAAGUUGCAGAAGAUCCCAUGGGCCUGCAAGGAAUAGAUCUAAUCACAGCAGCAUUACUGUUUUGUUUAGGAGAUUCUCCAGGUGGGAGGGGUAUAUCUGAUAGUCGCAUGGUUGACGUUUAUCACAUUGACUUUGGGACUCAGACUUUUUCACUUCCAUCUGCAAUAUUAGCUACAAAUACCAUGGUUGGGGAAAUAGCUUCAGCUUCAGCUUGUGAUCAUGCCAACCCACAGCUUUCCAAUCCUAGUCCUUUUCAGACACUUGGGCUGGAUUUAGUUUUGGAAUGUGUCGCUAGGUACCAACCCAAGCAGCGUUCAAUGUUUACAUUUGUUUGUGGACAGUUAUUUAGAAGGAAAGAAUUUUCUUCACAUUUUAAGAACGUGCAUGGUGACAUUCAUGCUGGACUCAAUGGCUGGAUGGAGCAGAGAUGUCCUUUAGCUUACUAUGGCUGCACCUAUUCUCAACGUAGAUUCUGUCCAUCAACACAAGGAGCAAAGAUUAUACAUGACCGCCACUUGAGGUCAUUUGGAGUCCAGCCAUGCAUAUCUACAGUAUUAGUAGAGCCUGCUAGAAACUGUGUGUUGGGAUUACAUAGUGACCAUUUAAGUAGUCUUCCUUUUGAGCUCCUACAGCAUAUUGCAGGCUUUCUGGAUGGCUUCAGUUUAUGUCAACUCUCAUGUGUAUCCAAGUUAAUGAGGGAUGUGUGUGGCAGUCUGCUUCAGUCUCGUGGAAUGGUCAUACUGCAGUGGGGGAAAAGGAAGUAUCCGGAUGGAAAUUCAUCAUGGCAGAUAAAAGAAAAGGUAUGGCGAUUCAGUACUGCGUUUUGUUCUGUUAAUGAAUGGAAAUUUGCUGACAUCCUGAGCAUGGCUGACCACUUGAAGAGAUGCAGUUACAAUAUUGUAGAGAAGCGGGAGGAAGCAAUCCCACUGCCGUGUAUGUGUGUGACACGGGAACUCACUAAGGAAGGACGUUCACUGCGCUCGGUUUUGAAACCUGUAGUUUAA